AUGGAAGGGGGAGCCGGGAACUCGAAGGGCUCCGGGCUCGGCGGCCUCUUCGGCGGCGCGGCGAUGGGUGGGCCCGGCUAUUCCCACGCGGACCUGGCCGGAGUCCCUCGUGAGUAUUUGGCGCGGGGAGCUUCUUCAUUCGUUUCGGGCGUCGGGUUUGGGGUGACCUGUUUUAUUCAUCCCUCUUUUAUAACAAGUGAUGCGGGGGGGGGAAUAAAAUGAUGAUGGCGAUACAUUGGCAGGAUUAUUGUAAUAACCUGCAGUUUUAUAAUAGUACAUAUUUAAAGUAGAUGAGUAAAUGAGCAAAUUAAGUUAAUUUGCUUAUGCAGAAGAUAAUAAAAAUAAAUUUAAGGAACCGCAGAAAGAAGGGGAAGGAAGUCAGGCUUUGAAAUGUUAAAAUUAGUGAAAUGUAUAAACCUGAAAAGUACAAAUGAAAUUUUAAAAUAAUAACAACCAGCUUUGACCAUAGAAUACAAUCAAAUAAAAGACUUAAAACUGACCGAUGUGGCGGCGUGGAAUUCUACCUUGAAAGCGUGGGAGGAAUAUCACAUAGGAUUGAACAGAAAGCUGGUGCUCUUUCUUGGAACUUGUAUUAGAGCCUCUCUUAUUUUCCCUACUGUGCAGUUUUGUACAUUUUAAAGCAAAGGAAGUCUGUGUGGGAGGGAUGAAGGUGCUGGCAGGCAGGUUUGUGGGGCUGCAGCUCAUAAAAGUUGUGAAGGAGGGAAAACAGCUUAUCUCUUCCAGGUGUAUUUUCAAGGUCAUGGAAUGGUAGAGUUGGAAGGGGUCACAAGGGUCAUCUAGUCCAACCCACUGCAAUGCAGUGAUCUUAUGCCCAAUGUGGGGCUUAAACCCAUGGCCCUGAGAUUGAAUCUCAUUCUCUACUGACUGAGCUAUCCCUGUCCUUUAAGCAUCUGUGGUGUUUCUACCAGGCAUGAGGCUGAAAGUGGUCCCUGUUUUAACUUGGGUUUGCCAGCAUGAUCAAAUGCCUCCUUUCUUAACAUGAGGCAUACCAGUUUUAAGGCCUUGACACAGUGAAUGGUCUGAAUAACUUUUGAGCAUUUCAGAAAAAGUAUGUAUUCCUGAUUUUCCUGAUGUAUUUCUGCAUGUGGCUUUUCUACUCUGUUGUAAGUAGAGUUUCAAGGUGAUAGUUCUACAUUAACAGACAGAUUUCUUAAGUGUGGCUACUUAGCCUGAAACUCAUGUACAGUGGUACCUCGCAAGACGAAUGCCUCGCAAGACAGAAAACUUGCAAAACGAAAGGGUUUUUGGUUUUUUGAGUUGUUUCGCAAGACGAUUUUCCCUAUGGGCUUGCUUCGCAAGACGGAAACGUCUUGCAAGUUUGUUUCCUUUUUCUUAAAACCGUUAAUACAGUUGCGACUUGACUUCGAGGAGCAACUCAUAGCACGCAGUGUGGUAGCCUUUUUUGAGGUUUUUGAAGACUUUGGUAUUUUUGAAGCUUUUCCAAAACUUUUCCGACACCAUGCUUUGCAAGACGAAAAAAACCGCAAGACGAAAAAACUCGCGGAACGAAUUAAUUUCGUCUUGCAAGGCACCACUGUACUGGCUUUUCUCUCCUUUCAUUCUCCACACUGCUCUCUUCUGUACUACAGUGGUGCCUCGCAAGACGAAAUUAAUCCGUUCCGCGAGAGUCUUCGUCUAGCGGUUUUUUUGUCUUGCGAAGCAAGCCCAUUGACGGAUUAGCGCUAUUAGCGCUAUUAGCGGUUUAGCGGCUAUUAAAGGCUUAAAGGCUUAGGGGAUUAGCUGCUAAAAGGCUAUUAAAGGCUAUUAAAGGCUUAGCAGAUUAGAUAAAGGGGGGGGAAAGCGAGAAAAAAAUCUCAAGACUCGCAAGGUAUUUUCGUCUUGCGAAGCAAGCCCAUAGGGGAAUUCGUCCUGCGAAGCAACUUCAGAACGGAAAACCCUUUCGUCUAGCGGUUUUUCCGUCUUGCGAGGCAUUCGUCUUGCGGGGCACCACUGUAAUCAGCUUCAUAGGACAGACAUGGCUCACACUAUGAAUAUUAUUGCAUUGAGUAGGGAUUGCUUGGUAGACACAAGCUAAGCAUGUCUCACCCUGACUUAGCAAGAACGCAGCUGCUCUACUUCUCUCUGGUCCUUUAUUUGCUGCUGCAUUGCCAAGGAUUGGUGUGUUGUCUGAAUCAGCUCAUGUUUUUUCUGGAAGAGCUCACGAUAGUUCUAAGCCAGUCUGGCUUAGCAUUUUGUGCAACCCAGGCCACAAUGUACAUUUGAAAGUUAACACUGUUUUAAUUUUUCAUCUUUUUCUUUCUUAGCCCUUUACCGUCAUAUGAACUUUUACAUCUAGUUAUACUGAAAUUUAUCUUCUGUUUUCUGUUUUAUUUUUUUGCAGUGACUGGAAUGAAUCCUUUGUCUCCAUAUUUAAAUGUAGAUCCCAGAUACCUUAUACAGGUGAGAUGUAAAUGCUUGUUCAAAUUAUAUUAUUAUAUAGUUACAAUUGAUUGCUAAAUGUUCAUUUAAGAAAUUUAUGUAAAGGUUACAAGUAUAUGUAUGUAACAUAAAGGUAAAGGGACGUGGGUGGCGCUGUGGUCUAAGCCACUGAGCCUCUUGGGCUUGCCAAUCAAAAGGCUGGCAGUUCAAAUCUGCUCAACGGGGUGAGCUCCUGUUGCUGUGUCCCAGCUUCUGCCAACUUAGCAGUUUAAAAGCACACCAGGGCAAGUAGAUAAAUAGGUACUGCUGCAGCAGGAAUGUAAAUGGCAUUUCCGGGCGCUCUGGCACUUGUCACAGUCCUCUGUGUGCCAGUAGUGGUUUAGUCACAUGACCCGGAAAGCUGCGGAAAAACACCACCUCCCUCAGCCUGAAAGCUAGAUGAUCGCCGCAACCCCAUAGUCACCUUUGACUGGAUUUAACCAUCUAUGGGUCUUUACCUUUUUACCUAUACACUUGCGUUACGUAACCCUCUGGUUACAUAAACUUCAGGAUGUGAACGCAGCAAACCCGGAAAUAUUUGUCCGGGUUUCGCCGCAAGCGCAGAAGCGCUCUGUCGUGCCGCACACAUGCGCAGAACAGUCACCUCCAGUAGUGAACACCUCGGAAUCCAACCGGAGCUCUGGAAUGGAUCCCGUCCACAACCAGAGGUAUCACUGUACGUGUGUAAGUAGAUGUUGGCCCAGUUUGCCAUGGUUAGCCAUGGAAGGUUAAACCACAAAAAUAGUUAACAAAGUAGAAAAAGAAAAAAACAAACCCCUUCCAGUCAUAUGAAUACAAAUUCAAAAAUAAAAAAGUGACAAAAAAAAAAGAAAAAUACAUCACAAACAAUUAAAAACAUUUAAAAACAAAUUCAUUAUUUUCAAAUCCUCAACUGUCAUUGCCUUCUUUCUUUGACCUCCUCCUCCUCCCUUUCUUUGUAUCCUAGUUAUUAAUUAUCCCAGCAAAUUCUUUCCAUAUUUCAUAAUAUUCUGUCAUUACAUUGCCCUAAACUGUUUUAAUCUUAUCUUUCUAUAAUAAAAUAAACCUUAAAGCUUAAAACUUAAAUCUUAUCCUUACCAACUUCUCAUAACCAUAAUAUUCUUUCAUAAUUCUUUAAACAUCUUUACUAAAGCCAAGUAAUUUCAUUCCAACAUUUUUCUAACAUUCAUCAAUUUUAUAAAACAGUUCUAAUGGUAAAGAAAAGAGAUACAAACAGGUCCAAUCUUCAUCCAACGUCCCUUCCUCCUGGUUCCGGGUUUUGUCAGUCCUUAUUAUCCUGUCGAUCUAGCCCAUUAACCUGGCAACCUUAUAUCCGAGGCCCUCAAGUCUCUUCCAUGUCCCUUCCGCAGCUCUUCUUCAUAUUUGUAACUGUAUUUUCCCUUGUCUCCUGCUCGUCUUGCCAACUCCAGCUUGGCAAUGUUUUUAGCCCUUCUCGACAGAUCAGCUCCUUUUCCAUAUUCAACACUGAAUUCCACAUGAUAUUUAAAAGCAUGUUUCAAAGGCCCUCCAAAAUUAAGAGCCCCCACAAUCCCAAACAUCUCACGGCCCAUUGCCAGAUUUGAAAAGUCCAAACAUCCCAGCAUAGGGGGGUCAAUCCAGCCCCCCAUUUCCAAGCCAAACCAAACUUUUUCUUUCCAAAUCUGGCUUUUUCCAAGUUCAUUUGUCAAAUCCGAAAACUCAUAUUCCUGUUGGGCCUGUUCUGUCAGGACACACUCCUGAUUUAAUUCCUGAGCGGGCUCCACAUAUUUCCCCACUGUCUGUUCAAAAUUUCCCACUGCCUGUUCAAAAUUUCUAGUCGAAGUCGCCAUCCAAUUCACCUUCUCAUGUAACUGUUCCAGUAGGGCAUUUGUUUUAUAGAAAGCACACAACAAAGCUUCUGAGUACAUUGUCCUGCAAGGUCAAAUGCCUGUUCCCACGAUUGUAAUCUGUAACAGCUGCCGGCUCCCUGGAGUUGGUUACAGUUUCACAGUCUCCCUCUAGGGGGGAAACUUCUAUUUGUUCUUACAACAAAGUUUCCCUUUUUGAGAUACUUUGUCAAUAUUUGUUCCUUUAAAAUGCGAAGGGAAACAGUGGAAUCACUAUGUUUCUCUUCUUUUAGCUAUCUGUCAAAAACGCUUGUCUCUGGUCAAUGAACUUCAAACGUCAGUCCUGACACCCCUCUCCAGGAUCAGGACGGAGGAAAGUUACUUUACUUUAAACUCACUUUAAACAGUCCGAAAAAGAUCCCCCCCCCUUCUCCUGCUGUCGAAGGGGGGUUCCACAAUUUUAAAUGAUGAAAUCCAAUCCUUUAAAAGCGAUUUUCUGAGCUCUAGUUUACGUUGUCUUUGCUUUAUUCUGUUUACAAAAGAACGGAAGGCUGACUUCCUGUUUAGACCUUCCCGUUCCGUACCGAAUUAAAAUAGAUUUUUAAGAUCUAAUUCUUUUCUCUCGCAAGUCCUUAUUUAAUGUCCAGUUGUUCAAAGUCUAAGUACUCACGGGUGCUUAUUUUAAAGUCCAAAUUGUCCCAGGAAAAAGGCAGCGCUCUCCGGCAACGGCUAUGCGGCUUCGCUCCACGGAAAUAGCAGUUGACUCACAUCACCGCGCCACUUCCCCCUCUUCACUUCGGAGCCCGUUAGUGGGUUCCUUAGCGAGUUGGGGGGGCGCUAAGGGUGCCCGCCGAGUCCCAUGGUCACAGGCUUCAUCCGCCUGUGAUUUUUAAGUGGGUCCCCGCUUCGCCGUAGCGGUAAAGACCCGUUUCCCGUGGAGCUGGUCCCUCCAGUUCAGAGGGAAUCCGCCAUUGCCAAUGGCGCCACCCCGGAAGUCCAGUUCCAAAAAGAUUUUGACCAGUUUCCUCAUCAAGCGCUCCAAAUUGAGGACAGGUCCUCUCAUAUUUCAGUAAAUGAAUAUGGAUAAAUGGAUAAACCUUAACAGAAGAGUUAAGGUUCUCUGUUAAUUUUAUUCAUAGAAGAUCAAGUCAGUGGGCAGUGUGAAGUGGCCCAUUUUCAAACAGCACCAAACAGUUCAGAAAGAUAAAUAUAUAUAGAUGUUUAGCCCUUCUUAAGCAUGCACCACCCACUCUUACAAGCUAGAAGAUAAGUUGGGAGCUCCCUUUCACAGGGUUCAAACACGCAGUGUCCAUUUAGUGUUCAAUUGCCUCUUUGCCAUGCUUGCUCUUAACAAUCUACAGCCACACAGUCCCAGCUUCUUGCAGCUUCUAGGUCUGUAGGCUAGUAUGGGCAGAAACUAAGUGUGAAUUCUCUCUAAUCUGGGAAGCAGUGAUACAGAGUUUUGUUUCUAAACUCCAGUGGUGGUCAGCUGUCUUUGUCAUCUCCAUGUCUGUGACAGUGUUACACUGCUGGAAGAUAAAAGUACUGUCCAUGUUAGCUGUCUGUCAGCUCCUCUGUUCUGGAGGCAGCUGAUACCAGUGGGGGGCAGUAUUGUGCUUCUUUGAGAGUGUGCUAAGCAGUCAAUAUCCUGCUCAGUGCUAGACUAGAAGCUUACACACAUGAUCAACAUGCAAUGGCUUGAAUUUCUGUGGUAGAUUUAUUUACCAUGUAUUAUUCUCUUAUGGACCUUGAUAUCUGAUCUUUCAUUUGAGCACUUGAUUAGCUCAGAGAUAGCAAGGCUCCUUAUUUUUCUCUGAAUGUAUUGCACCUGUUUUUAUAAAGCAAAUGAGUUUUUAGCCACAAAUGUAAUUUAAAAGGAUAUUUCCAUUUCAGGACACAGAUGAAUUCAUUUUACCCACUGGAGCUAGCAAAACUAGGGGCAGGUUUGAGCUGGCAUUCUUUACGAUUGGAGGAUGCUGCAUGACAGGUAUGGGUAAGAUUUAAUUUAUAUUGUGAUACUGUUCUGUUUUAAAAUGGAUAGAAUUUGUAUGUGUGGGGGCGAGUGUAGUGUAUAAAAAUAUAUUCGUAAUGUAUCAAAUUUAGCCAAGUCUCCAGUGACAUACUUCUUGUCUAAAACAAACUUGAGUGCAUUAUACAGUGGUGCCUCGCAAGACGAAAAUAAUCCGUUCCGCGAGUCUCUUCGUCUAGCGGUUUUCUCGUCUUGCGAAGCAACCCUAUUAGCGGUUUAGCGGCUAUUAAAGGCUUAGCGGCUUAGUGGCUAAAAGGCUAUUAGCGGCUUAGAAAAAGGGGGGGGAAGCGAAAAAAAUCACAAAACUCGCAAGACGUUUUCGUCUUGCGAAGCAAGCCCAUAGGGAAAUUCGUCUUGCGAAGCGCAUCGAAAAACGGAAAACCCUUUCGUCUAGCGGGUUUUUCGUCUUGCGAGGCAUUCGUCUUGCGGGGCACCACUGUAGUAGCAAAUUUAGUGUGUUACUCUUUUGUAGCAAAUGCAAUAGUCCUGCGGCACAACAGAACAGAGUCUUCUAGCACCACUGAGAGUAUCAAUGGUUUACACUGUUUUCACGGUGCAUUGAUUUCCAGGCCUUGUGAUCUAGGUUGUAUCUCUCCCCCAUUUACACUCUUGAUACUUUGUAAGCUUUGGGCAAUUUAUUAUUUUUCUGGACAUAAUCAUCAAAUUGUAACAACAGUUGCAAGGCCUUCAUUGCCAAAAAUGAACGAUGGAACAUUUGAGUGAAGGUUUGGGAUGUUUUAGACUGUUGUUGAUUUCCUAAAUUUCAGCGGUAGUCAGCUGUCCGUGUCAUUACCGUGCCUGACAGUGUUACACUGCUGGGAGAUGAAAUUAUUGUCCAGUCUGGCUGUCAUUGUCACCGUUCUGGAGGCAUUUUGGCAGCAGGGUGGGGCAGUGCUGUGCUUCUCUGAGAGUGUGCUAAGCAGUUAAUAUCCUGCUCAGCACUAGAAUGGGAGCAUACACAUCAGCUGUCUAUAAUGGCAUUCAUGUCUGCAGUAUAGCAUAUGCUGUUUAAAAAUGGCAUUUGUGGUUUUUCUGAACAUACAAGCUUCGCAGUUUUAUAACAGGUUAUCGAAGAUUCUAUGCAUAGACUAAUAGAUAUUUUUUGCUGAUGUGGCAUGAUUUGGUAUUUUUCCAUCUCACUUUCCUACAUCUUCUAGGGGCUGUUUAUUUUCCCCCACCCCAAGGUAGAGAAUACAGUAGGUAAUUGCUAUGGGGUGUGAUGGUACAGGAAGAGAGAACAUAAGAACAAAAAAUAAAGAGCAAAGAAGGAUUGGGCAAGUGACUCACGCAGGCCACAUUCACUAUUUUGCCUGUAAAAUGUAACUUGCCUUCAAUAAUACAACAUAUGCCUGUUAUAUCUGCUUCAGUAAAAGCGUACCAUUAUUAUAGUUUAUUUUUCCGUAGACUGCAUGUUUAAUUGGUGAGCUGUUUUAAUCCUUACUGGAAUGUGUGUUCAGUUUUCAUUUCCUGUGGUUAAUCCUGAUGUCCUGCCUUUUAGGAGCUGCAUUUGGUGCUCUAAAUGGCCUGCGACUGGGCUUGAAGGAGACACAGAGCAUGGCUUGGUCUAAACCUAGAAAUGUACAGUAAGUACAUAAUUCCAGAUACUUUUCAGCUUUCAAGGGUUGCUCAUUUUUCAUUUUGUUUUCAGAAGAAUUCAUAAGUAUUCAUGGUCUUACAGCCUUCCAGAUACUUAUUUGUUUGCUUGCCUUGAAUUUUGACUUCCUAUAAGUGUAAGUGAGAUAUCAUUAAAUUGGCCUUUAGUGCAGUCAGGAUAAAAUUACACUUCUGUGUAAGUCUUAACUUAUAAAGCCUUUUGUGCCCAUAAAGCUAAAGGACUAAAUACCAAAUCUGGGGUGUUUUAGUAUUCCUGACAGCGGAUUGUCACUGCCCUGAGUUGUGUGAGAAGUCUUGAAUUAGGAUGAGCUCAACGUGUGGUGGUGAUCACUUCAUUAAUCUUAAAAAGAAAGUAAUUGAGUUAUUUCUGAGGAAACACCUUUUUGUUUUCUUUCUAUCCCCUCCUAUCAAUUUGUGCAUGCUUACAUUAUUAAUUAAUUAAUUAUUGAAUUUAUAUACCGCCCUAUACCCGGAGGUCUCAAGGUGGUUCAGAGAAAAGAUCAACUUAAAGAACACUACACACACACACACACACACACACACACACACACAGAGUAAUCAAAAUAAAAACCCAAUAACACACACUCCCCCCACCAAAAAAGAGCCACAUUUUAAAAGGGCAUAGGAUGUCAAUACAUGCACAUAUUCACUUAGUUUCUGUAAGCUUUUCUUUCAAAUGAGAUUUCUUUCAGAGAAAUCUUGGCCAAAAACAAAUUAUGCUGGACAUAGAAGAUUCAAAUGCAUGAUCCUAUGGCAUUUUAAAAAAAUGUAUAUUGAACAGAUUGUUAUGUCGAAAGAUAGCAAUCAUUAAAUCCUUUAGACCAGCAGGUGGCAGCAAACUAAUAUUAAUGCUCUACUGGACCUUCAGGAAGAUAUGCUGAAGGUCAGUUAUCCCAGUCACUCCAUUCUUAGCAGUUGCAAGGAUAAAUAUUCUCCACAAAAUGUGGCUCAUAUGUGGCCCUCAUUUGUAAAACUGUUUUAAAGGAAAACUAUAACAAUAUCUAUAAGAUUUAUGUAUAAUCCUUUAAUUAUUCAUCUGUUAGUACGUCUUAUUAACAUUUUCUAGAACAAUGGGGGUACAGAAACUGUUAACAUUUUGGUGCAUGAUCCCAGAUGAAACACAUACCUUCAGAAAUUAUUAUUAUUAUUUAUUUAUUUAUUUAUUUAUUUACUGCAACAUUGUCACAGAACUAGUGAAGAUAGGUUUCGGAAAAAUGGCAAGUGUAUCCUACACAAUAGGGAAGUUAUAUGUUCUCUAAACUUUGAUAACCCAACUGCCUCUCAGGAUCCAUGACAUACCCUUUUCCUCGAAUCAUCAGCAAUUCCCUUCUGAUUCUUUGUGAUUCUCAGCUCUGUGGAACUGCUGCUGCUAUUGGUCUGCCUCCUAUAGCAUUCAUACUGGAUAUAACAGUUGCCUCCCAUGUUUCUUCCGUUUACCUCAGUUAUAGCAAUAUUCAUUGCUCAGACAUCUUAACUCCAGAUUCUGUUAAAGUAUGGUGGAUUAAAAAAGGACGCCUUGGCCUGCAUUAACGCAAUUGGCAGCCCACAUUACCUGAAUGAUCAGUUGAAGUAUAUUCUUCCAUAGGCUCUCACUAGUCCAAAAAAUAAGGCUCUGUGAGAGUAUUCAAGCUACAAUGACUAUACAGGUAUGUAGCUCGCAUCUUAGGUGGGGGUUACGUUCCUGGCCAUUGUGUGUAUAAGCAAAAUCUCAUAAAGCCAGGAUCCCAUGGAACCAGGGCCUCUGCAAGGUGGAGGUCUGCUUGCCUGGCUAUGGGGAAGUGGCACAAGGGCUCUGACAAGGUCCCAGGGCCCAGUAAGCGCCUGCCCAGCUUUGGGAAGGAGGAGGGAGAGCUCUAGGACCCUUCCAGAGCCAUAGCACCGCCUUCCCAAAGCCUGACGCCUUGCUUACCUGACUUUGGGAAGGAGGCGGAGGACUGCUCCACCUUCCCAAAGCCCAGUAAGCCCACAAUUGAAGCUUUGCGCAAGAAUGUGGGGAGAAUAAAUAAAUAAAGUGUGUUUCCUUUGUGCUCCAUUUAUUAUUCCCCCUCCCCUUCCACUCAAAGCUGCAAUUGCAUAAGUAAAAUAAAUGUAAGAUGUAAGUCACCUGUACAGCGUUUGCUACUAUGAGUUAAUGAACCAUCAAUUUUAUAGCAAGUAGUCCUGAAUCUCCUGGAUUAGUAGAACCAUAAUAAAGAAACAGGAGGGAAAUUGGCAUGGGUGUUCAUUCAGCACAUGUGUGUGCAAGUACUAGCAGGUAGGCAGGAUUGUAAUAAGCAAAUUAUAUGGCAGUUCUGCUUGGGCAGGAGCUUGCACAGUGGGAAGAACAUCUUUCGAUUUAGUUUCACUUUUCUUGCUCUCUGUAAGGUGCACAGCAUGCUGUGAGCAGAUGACACCUUGCACGCUCUGAAAGGUACCUUUGUCUCCCAUUCAUCAUUUGUCCCUAGGUUCCAGCGGUAGUCAGCUGUCUGGGUCAGUAUCAUGCCUGUGACGGUGUUACACUGCUGGGAGAUAAAAGUACUGCCUGUUUUAUCUGUCUGUCACUGUCUCUGUUCUGGAGGCAGCUGACACCAGUGUGGGGCAAUACUGUGCUUCUCUGAGAGUGUGCUGAGCAGUUAACAUUCUACUCAGCACUAGUCUGGGAGCAUACACACUUGUUCAGCAUGUGAUUUUAAUUUCUAUGGUAGAGGAUGUUUGACCUUUUCCCCCCUUUGUUUUUAUAAAGUUUAUAAGAAGUGAUAUUUAAGGAUGUCCAAAUUAAAAUGUGUAUAAUUUAGCACUUGGAUUUUUGCAUGCUUAACAAUCUUCCAAAGGACAAACUCCUUAAUGCAAUCUAAACUAUUUAGGCAGUCUUGGUAUAAUGUCUUCUAAUAGCAAACUCUCUUGUUGAGUGCUGACAGAACUGUAGCCAAAUCCAGGCUAAUGUAGGAGCAUCAGCAUAUUCAGGGGAACUCCCAAGGCUUGCAGAGGUAGGAAAAAUGAACAAGAGCACUCCACACUGCACUGUGAUCUAAUUCUUAAAAUAUGUAGAGCAGUGUACUGGUAAAAAUUGGUAAUCUAGAAUUGGCUCAGUUAACAUGGUUGCCUUUGAUGAAAGCACUUUUCUUUAGAAUGUAAAAAAAUCAGCCUUGCAUUUCGAUUUAAAGAAUUGCUUGAUGAAUAUAUUCAAAUCAAUUGUCUGUCUUGGAGGGGAAAAUUAUCUAGCUUCAACAGGCUCCCAAAGCUGUUUUCUAAAUUCAAGCCAUAGCUGAAGGAGGGGGGAAGGAUUGAAUUAUUAAGGCACUGUACUGCAUCUUUAGUAGCUACCUAUGCAUAGAAAUACUUCUUCAUUCCUAGGCAGCAGUCACCCCAUUCAGAAUUUUCAGUCGUGAUUUCAGAUUCACCCAAAUAUGGUUGCUUCUGGAAUCGUGUUCUAAUGACCAUUUAAUUGAUAUAGUAGAACUAAGAGAAAUGUCUAUAUAAACAUGUGCUUUUGGUAGUUCAUUUAGUUUGUGUCCCAUGGAAUCUGUUCAUAAGCUUCAGUUAUUCAGACUAAUUAAUGGGGCAGAAAUGAUUAUAUUAUGCUUCAUAGCCCCAAUACAGUGCUCUUCAUGCCACAAGGCAAAGCGCUUCUGAAACUGAAGGACUUCCAGAGGCUGUUUUUGAAUUAGGUACAAGGCUCUGUUAUUUAAAGGGAUGGGGCAAUAAAAAGAAAAUUCACUGUGGGUAUGAUCAAGCCAUUAUGCACACCUUAACUAAUUAUUUGGAUCACAGUCCAUGUUUUGUGCACUUGCUUUCUCCAAACCUGAAACAUGCUAAGUAUGUUGGCCUACAGAAAAAUCUGUGGAUCUACUUCUUUAAAAAAGAAGUGAACAAUUAAUCUUUUAGCUAGGAUGCUUAUGGGGGGGAAAAACCUGGAAAAAAUAUUGCAUAACACUGAGCUCCAAAUUUGCAUUUGAGUUACAUAAACGUUUUAACUCACCUUGGCACGUAGUGCCACCUGCCUUAAAGCAGAGCAGAUUUGUUCAAAAAGGCAAAUGAAUUUAACUUGUCCUUUCAAGUUAGGUUUCUGUAGUAAAACCUGUAUUGCUGGUGUGCUAGAGGUUAACAAAACGUUUGUACAGCAUUUGAUUUCUCCAGGUAGAACAAGUUUCAUUUAAGCUUUCCCUUUUUCACUCUUGCCUUAUGAAAUGCAUGGACAGAAGGCGUGAGCAGAAGAAACUUCAGUUGUCUUUGGUUCUGUUUAGGCCUUGAAAACAAUAUAGCCUAUGAUAAAGCAGUACAGCUCAAUCUCUUUCUCUCAUUACUUCCUUGUAGGAUUUUAAAUAUGGUGACAAGGCAAGGGGCAUUAUGGGCCAACACUCUUGGAUCUCUAGGUAAGUAAGUUUGUUGUGUAAAUCAAAUCUACAUGGGAAAUGUCAAUAUCAUUCUUUGUAACUCAGUUGAAUUUUUCAGUAAUCCUGGAAGUCUACUAGAAUUAGAAUGGAAGUUUUGUCAAGGAUUCUGGCUUCUUCGGGUUUGGAAAGUCAUUGCACUGCAUUUCAAAGCCUAAAAUGAAUCUAGGGCCUGCUGACUAGGGGUGCUUGCCUUCCCUUAAAUGAGAUUUAGAGGCCUGAAAAAUCUCCCUUCGUCACAGAAGACUCUGGCAUCUUCAAGGAUUCCCUCCCCACUUUCUACCUGCCCCCAUCAGCAGAGAAAUCAUAGAUCAUGGAAAAUUGCCAUUUGAGCUCAAAGGUCCCAAAGUUCAAGAUUCCACCCUUGCAAGUGAUACAUUAACAGACACUUCGCAGCUGUGUUUGUUUUCUUGAGUAACAUUUCCUUGUUUGUCAUAGUCCUUUACCCUGACCUGUCUAGUGACAAGUCUGCAAAUAUUUUAGAAUUCAAUUCCUUUCUGGGAAGAGAAACUUCAGUUGUGGGCUUUGGGAUGGGUGGGUGAGUGUGGCUCUACUUCCUAACCAAAAGACAAAUUCAACUGCCCUUCUUAGUUUCCAGUAUGAGGUUAGGAAUGGUUUUAUAGGAUGUUUAAAAGUCACCCUUUUGAAAUAGUGUGAAAUAAGUUUUUCAGAAGUUAUAGUGGACCCUAACCUGUUUCAACUGUGAUGCUCUUUUAUGUUCAGUAUUUGUAAAACAUUGCAGGUCUGCUCAUUUGGGUUUGCUGCUGACCCCCCUUGUAUAAUACAACUGAAUAAUGUUGAUGGUGCUUUUCAAAGGCCCCAGUUGAUUGAUAUUUGCAUUUGGCACUUAUGUAGAACUAUUCAGCUGAUCCAGUUGAAACACUUUAGUAGCAAGUUACCUUUCCCUUCAGAAGCUUCUGUGCUUUCAUGUCCCCUGGAUCUACACAUUCUGCCAUUUCCUUACAUUACAGGGCUGCAUUUUGCGUCUCUGAUUAACUUACCUCCUCAUUUCAUCAUCCAAAGUUAACUAAGUUUACAGAAAGGUUUUAUGCCCUCUUCUCCCCAUUGACAUCGCUCUGCACAUGUCCAUACCCUGAAAAGCCUCUCUGGAUGGCCAAUGGGCACUGCUGAACAACAUGGAAUGGCACUACUGGGGAUGAGAGGGUAAUGGGAAUCUUUCCUUCAUUGGGCUUAAGUCAACUUCCUUAAAAUGCAAGCUCAGUUUUGGGCACUUUCCCCAAGAGAGAAUGAUACUGAGACCAGAAUCUUACUGGGUUGUACUGUGUUGGACAUGUGCUGCUGCUGUUGUUGUUGUUGUGUGUUUGUGUUCUCACUGUCGACUUUAAUUCAAUUCCAGCACUGCUGUAUAGCGCAUUUGGAGUCAUAAUUGAAAAAACUCGAGGUGCAGAAGAUGAUCUGAACACAGUUGCUGCUGGGACCAUGACAGGCAUGCUGUAUAAAAGCACAGGUACGCUGGCAAAAUUACCUUUAUUCGUUUUGGUUCUGCGUACAGGAGUUGGGUCAAAAGUAAGCUUAUCUGUUCUGUGUGUGCUUAAUGUCAUGUUUACUGACUUGUGAUUAUAUAUUCUUAAGAACAAGGCAUGAGCCAUGUGACAACUCAGUUUCCCUUUUCCAUAUGCAUUAAACCUUUGUCUGAAAUCCUAAUACAAGGGCUCUGCCUUUAAUGAGUUCUGCCUUCUGAUUAAUGGUGAUAGAAACUGUUAAUCCAGAGCUAAAAGAAACAAACAGUUCCUAAAAUAGAAAUUGGGGGUAAAUAUGAGAGAAUGCUUUGCUUUGUGUGGUAAUAUUGAGGGUUUUAAAAAAAUAAGGCAAUUUGUCUUACUGUGAUAAGAGAAGACAGAAUAAAUUUAAAUGUGGCAAAUGUUCUAAAUAUAGACUUUAGCUUUUCGGUGUUGUGGUAACAGCAGAUUACCCAAGUAAUUGAGCUGCACAGUGCAUAUAGUCUGAGAAAUGCAUUGACAAUGAAAAUGACACCAGAAUUUGGUCAUGAAACUCCGUAACAGUUCUCUGGCAGUUAGCUAUAGUUCAUCCAGAAACAGUAAGGAUUAGUGUAAAAAAAGACAUCCUACAAUUUUAGCCCGACAGGACCACACUAUAUGUAAGAUGAUUCAGACUGUAGCUGGAAAACAUCACUGAUAAAUGAUAUUUGAAACACAAAAAAACUCUAUGCUUCCCCUAGGAACAAAGGAAGGGUUGGGCAGCCUUAGGUUACAUACCUCAGAACCCAAUGCAAAAAUGUAUUCCGAAUUCUCAAGUGGAAACAAAUAUGUUAAGAGACAUUUGUGCUGGCAUAAUAGAUCUGCUCUGCGUGCAACAGACAACAAAAGAGCUGAAGAAACUAGGCCAUGGUUUUUUACACAGAUUUUAACACACUGGAAGCAGUAAAUAGGAAACCAGUUUAUCAAUUGUAGAGCAGGCUCCUUUUUAAAAAGUCUGUCCAUCUUUUCUAGCUAGAAAUAUUUACCUGAACUUCUACCUACUACAGCUGUAAUAGAUCACUCUCCAGGUCCAGCCUGGUCCAACAUUAUCAUAAGCAAUAAAGCUAUUUGUUCUAUUUGUUUCAACAUUAGUUAACUUUCAGGGCUCCUCCCAAUUUUAAAUGGCAGAUUUAUGUUAUUGACACAUGCUACUGCAAUUCUAAAAGCAAGUCUUAUCUUAGCAAAGUGCCAUUAGAUUAAAUAUGACUAGUAUCGGAAAACCAAUUGAAAUUAGUGAUACAUUAGCGAAAAACAUGAAAAAGAUCGGUCAUCAUUUUUGAGUGCCAAAAGUACAUGCAUCUAUAGAAAGGAAAAAACGUAUUCAAAUCUUGGUUUGUGCUUAUUAAAAAGUUGGCCACUUUGGUUGUAUUUCUAUGAACAGUCUUUGCUUUUUCCACUUAAUAGUUGCUGCCUGUUGCCUUCUGUCUGCCGUAUAAAUUAAACUCGAAGUUAGAGUGGCAGCAGGAUUUGGAAGGGUGUGUGGGUGUAUUUCAGAAACUAACUCCCCUGGUUUGGAAAAUGAGGCAUUAAAGCUGAGCAGCCCUCUUUGUCUCCAUUCUCCCCCCAAAAGAUUGAACUGGGAAACCUGGGAAGCUACUUCCCAUGCAGCAAUAGAUUCUUUCAAGUAUGCUUAGGAAAGUUCAGGAGCAUCAAGAUUUAAAGCUGAGACGUGCGGUUUGCAGAAGCCUAUACCAGCAGAGAAAGUUGGUGUAUCUGAGCUUUCUUACUAUAACUCAAAGCUCUUUCUGAGAAUUCUGAAGGAGAACUUGGAGAAGGAAAGCUAAUUAUGAGGGAAACCCAACGGAAAUUAAAUCAUCACUACUUGGAAAAUAUAUUUGUGGAACCAGAAUGUGUGGUGCUUUAUAGCCAUGCCUGUAUAAUUGGAGAUCUAAUGAAAUAGUUUGUAUUGGUGGCAUUAUUCUGGAUAUAUGCAGGCUAAAUAGAAACAAGCAAUGGCACAGGAACCAGCUAGGUUGGGUUUAACGGAGGUAUAUGGAAACGUCUAGGUUUUUGAAGUUUGAUAGCCCUGCACAGCAAUUGUUCUUUUAUUUUAGAAAGUGUCUGACAUGCUUGGAGCUUUCAUCAGGCUUGAAACUGGGUGUUUUUAGCUUUCUCACCUCUUCAUCAGUGGAAAUGGCAUGAUUUGUAUUGAAAACCAUUUGGUUCUAUUCACAUAGAGUGGGUCCCACCAUUGUCAAGAGUACUGUCCCAAUAUAUUAUAAAUUUAAUACAUGCUGCACCUGUAGGCUAGAAUGUCCUGUUUACUAGAACCAUCAGAAAACACAGCACUUUUUGCAUUUUUACACAAAAUGUUUUACAUUGGAAGGCUGAUUUAUGUAACAAAAACUAGCAUGAAAUAAGAGCCGAUGGCAUGCCACCCACACCUGGUAUGAAAUGCAGAGGUUUGUGACUUUGCAUUUAUUUUAUUUUUAGCAAUCCCAUGAUUUGGCGGGGGGGAUUUCCAAUGGCAAUCAGGAAGCUGUCUCUGUGGAGGUCCCCUAUUAUGGCAGAAGUUGGUACUGGAUAGGCCUUCCCAAUUGGCAGGCUCUGUAAGUGUCUGCUUUCAAAUAUUGCAGCCUGCAACUCUUUUAAGUCAUGUUUUGACAUUCUCCUAUCUCAACAUGUGUAUGUAAGAGAAAGAUAAUGACAGCUGCUUGUUUUGGGGGAAUUCAGUAAAGUGACUUGCUAUCCAAGGCUAGCAGAAUUGACUUCAGAGGAGGGACAGGAGUACAUUCGCCUAUCACUUAGCAAGCAGAACUGAAAAGGGUCAGGAGAGUUCCAAGCCCUGUUAUUCAAAAGGCACUCUUCUUUUUGCCAAACUUGCUUUUUUUAAAAAAACAAAACACCACAUAUUCACCUUGAUGUGAAUAUUUUCAGGCAGGAAAGGCAAACACUGCCAGCUGUGCAAAUGCAAACUGAAUUUCACACAAGUGACUUGGUUGUACGUUGGUGCUUAGUUCUGCUGUUCUCCUUUGGGGUGUUCCAUAGCUGGGUAUUGGACAACUACAUUGCAGUGCAAAGGGUUUCAUUGCAGGGCUUUGCACAUUAUCAGAAAAAAUGAGAAUUGGUUUUCAUCUCCAUGAGCAAGUUCUUCUGGUGUGUUACACCGGAAUUAAGCCCAAACUAGACUAGCUUUUCCCCCUUUGUCCUGCUUGAAAAUACAACUCUUAAAACAGUCAAGACUGCAUUAAGUGUUCUGUUGUAGUUCCUGAACUGCUUUUAGCUAUAUCACAUACAAAGUCACGACACAAAAAUCCUGUCACAUAGCCCGUUGUAGGCUGCAUAUAUAGAUGGGAUUUUCUCCCUGCUCAACGUAUUUUUUAUCUAUCAGUGCAAAACGUAAUGGCUUUGCUGCAAACUGCUUCUUUUCUAAGGCACUGGAAAUGAGUCCUCGGUAAAACGAAUCUAAACCUAUAGAAAGGGGAUUCUGGUACCAUAAAACUAGCUUUACACUAGCCACUAGUUAAGUAUAAUUUCCGUAGUGGUAAUGUUGGUAGUUUAUUUUACCAAAAAUAACCAAGGUUCUUGUGGCACCUCAAAGCUUAACAAAUGUAUCACGGCAUAAGCUUUCAUGGACUACACAGUCCAUUAAAAAAAGUCUUUGAAGUGCCACGGAACUAUUUAUGUUUUCAUAUAUUCAUAUUCCAGCUAGGGCUGAAAUUUAAUAUAUUUGACCCUUUUCUGUAUGUAAGUGGAAUUGUUUUUUCUUCUUCACACCUUAUGUCAUGAACCUAAAUGUAGCAGUCAUUGGGUCUGUGAGUUAAGACACUUAAAAUUUCUACCAACUAAUAAGUGGCUGAGCUUGUGAACCACUGUUUUAAGAAGUUGUUCCCAUUGAGGUGUGUCAAUAUUUUCCAAAGCAACGGCAGUUUUUGUGAUCUCUGGUACUGUGUUUUUACUUGUACAAAUGUUCUAGUACGGCACAGCCCAUGCGACUAAGCCCUUGAGAUUUAUUAGCUGAUCUCUUUUCUUUACCACCACUGUUUUCCACAGGUGGACUACGAGGGAUAGCGAGAGGUGGCGUUGCAGGACUCAUGCUCACUAGUCUCUAUGCUCUCUACAACAACUGGGAGCACAUGAAGGGCUCAGUGCAGAGGCAAUCACUCUAA